AUGGCCGAACGCCCUGCGAGGACCCCCACCACGCAAGUCACUCGGGAGAGGGUUAUUGCGCCCCCCGACCGCUUCAUCUUUGGAGUUCAGGACGAGGAGCUGAUCACCUACUUCAGCGACGUCUUUGGGUCGGAGCUGGCGCCAGCCCUGCCGGUGCUGCACCAGCUCGUCGAGGGCAUCUGCACCUCUGACUUCACCUCGCUCCGCAGGCGGCUGCAGGGCGACUAUGAGUACUUUGGCGCGGCGGCAGAGGCCCGCAGUGAUGUGGAGCUGAGUGAGUGGCAGGGGCGGCAGCAGCAGCAGCUGCUGCAGCAGCUGCAGCAGGUCCACGAGCCCCCAGAGGAGCUCGACCAGCAGGAGACUCGCUUCCUGGCCGACUUCACACAGCUCAUGGAAGCCAGCCAGUACCGCAUGCUGAGCAAGGCGGAGUGGGACGCGGCGCAGGCGGAGGACUUCCUGUUCACGCUGCCCUGUGACGUCAAGUGGGAUGCCAUGGACAGCCAGGCAAGGCUGCUGCUGCCGCGCUACUGGGCGGAGAGCCCCGGCGAGCGGGAGUCUGUGCCGGAGGAGAUGGCUGACCGCAUCCUGGUGUUCCAGCGGGGGACGGAAGUGGCCACCAUGCAGGGCAGCUACUUCAUGUUGAAGGUCAACCUGCUGAUCAGCAUGUGGCUGCUCCAGCCCAUCUACAGCCUGUUCGUGGCUUUGAUGUCCAAGCUGGGCGUGAAGCGGUUUGUGCCAGAGGCGCCCAAGGGCCUGGCCAGCACCGUGGACGAGGACCCAGCCGCCAAGGCCGCCAUGGAGGAGGCUGCCCGGGCCGAGAUGCACCCAGCCAGCACAUCCAUCGAGCGCCGCACGUUUGCCAGGGUGUUCCCCGACGGCAUGAGCGUGCUGAAGAAGUUUGCCAAGAAGGUGAAGCUGCAGGAGGCGUGCUUCCGAGACGUCGUCAUCCUGUACCGCCAGGCGGUGUCGGACAAGGGACCCGCCGCCACCGAAGUGGAUGUGAUCAAGGAGGCGGACCCAAAGUUCAUGCAGCGCAACAUCCAGCUGCGCCAGUUCCGCGGCAUCCCCAUGGCCGACCUGGAGAUGAUCAUGCCUGAGAAGAAGAUCUUCGUGCCGCCCAAGGUGUUUGUGGAGAUGGCGGUCACGCUGGUUGGCGGCGUGGUGGCCAUGAUUGCAGCCCUGGGCCGGGCCGGCAAGGAUGACGUGAUGGACCUGAGGGCUGUCUACACAGCGGUGUCGCUGCUGGGAGGGCGCGCGGCUCAGGUCUACACCAGUGCCAUGACCCAGAAGCUGGCCAUCGAGCAUGCCAUGGGCAAGAUGCUGUACGAGCGCACCGUGGGCUCCGGAGAGGCCGUGCUGACCAGCCUGGUGGACAGCGUGUGCAGGCAGCGGGUGCGGGAGAUCAUGGUUUGCUACUGCGUGCUGCUCAACAGCCAGACGCCGCUCACGGCCGAGGAGCUGGAUGACGCGUGCGAGCGCUUCCUGGCCACACAGUUUGGCUGCAAGAUCGACUUCUGCUGCGAGGAGGCGCUGCCCGCCAUCCUGAAGUGGGGCCUGGUAUGGGAGGAAGGCCUCAACCUGCUGAUCGCGGUACCGCUGCCAGAAGCUCUGAAGAAGCUGGACGAGGUGUGGGAUGCCAUCCACGACUUCAAGGGCAGCGCCAAGGCUGUGAUGCAGAAGGCCAGCCAGGCGGCCGGCGAGGUGGCAGAGGCGCCCUCAGCCGAGAGCAGCACCAGCGGGGCAGCCGCCGCGCCGCCGCGGUCCAGCGGCAUGGCGGGGGCGGCGCUGGGGCGAGCGCUGUCCACGCCGCGCGCCCCGCCCGCCAAGGGCGUCAAGGGCAUGUUUCAAAAGUUCACCGCCGCCAUGCACUGA